UUUCCGGUCACAGUGCCUCUCUCUGGCUGGCCGACAUGACGGCCCCGGCUCGGAGCCCCCUCGCGCCGCUGCUGGAGACCCUGGAGGACCCCUCGGCGUCGCUGGGCGAGCAGACGGACGCCUACCUCACGCUGACCAGUCGAAUGACUGGAGAAGAUGGAAAAGAAGUCAUUACAGAAAUAGAGAAAAAACUCCCUCGGCUCUACAAAAUUUUAAAGGUUCAUAUUUCCAGUCAGAACUCAGAACUCAGUAGUGCUGCUCUUCAGGCCUUGGGAUUUUGUUUAUAUAAUCCAAAGAUUGCUUCAGGAUUAUCAGAGGCAAAUAUUAAGGAACUUCUUUCAAAAUUAAAUGAUGUUGUUAAGAGUUCAGACAAAAAUGUACGCACUCGUGCACUCUGGGUGAUAUCUAAGCAGACAUUUUCCACUGAAGUUAUUGGCAAAGCAGUACCUAGUAUAAUUGACUCUUUGGAAAUAAUACUUAAUAAGGGAGAGUUACAUUCUGCUGUUGUUGAUUACGAAGCAUUAAAUGUCAUCAUCAGGCUAAUCGAACAAGCUCCAAUUCAAAUGGGAGAAGAAUCUGUCAGGUGGGCAAAACUGGUCAUACCAUUAGUGGUUCAUUCAGCACAAAGGGUGCACUUAAGGGGAGCAACUGCUUUAGAGAUGGGAAUGCCAUUGUUGCUUCAGAAACAGCAAGAAAUAGCAUCUAUCACGGAGCAGCUUAUGACUACGAAAUUGCUUUCAGAACUCCAGAAACUAUUUAUGACUAAAAAUGAGACUUACGUAUUAAAAUUAUGGCCUUUAUUUGUCAAACUUCUUGGGAAGACCUUGCAUCGAAGUGGAAGUUUUAUUAAUUCUCUAUUGCAGCUUGAAGAGCUUGGAUUUCGAAGUGGAGCACCUAUGAUUAAAAAAAUAGCUUUUAUUGCUUGGAAAAGCUUAAUAGAUAAUUUUGCUUUAAAUCCAGAAAUACUAUGUAGUGCAAAAAGACUGAAGUUGUUAAUGCAACCGUUGAGUUCCAUUCAUGUGAGAACAGAAGCUCUAGCACUAACAAAACUAGAAGUCUGGUGGUAUUUAUUGAUGAGACUUGGACCUCACCUUCCAGCUAAUUUUGAACAGGUUUGUGUGCCUCUGAUUCAAAGCACAAUAAGUGUUGAUUCUAAUACUUCACCUCAAGGCAAUUCAUCUCGCAUAGGUACUUCACCAGCUUUGAAUUCAUCUCCUGCACACAAAGGUGCUUCUCCAUAUGGAUCCCCUGGAUCUACCCGCAUGAACCUCAGUUCAAGUUUUGGUGGAAUGGCCACAAUCCCAUCCAUUCAACUUCUGGGUCUUGAAAUGUUGCUCCAUUUUUUGUUGGGUCCAGAAGUUUUGAAUUUUGCUAAGAAAAACAAACUUGUACUGAGCUUAGAGCCACUGGAACAUUCCUUAAUUGGCAGCUCCUCUUUCUUUUCUAAACAUGCGAAUACACUUAUCUCUGCUGUGCAGGACAGCUUUGUUACAGUUGGAAAAGAUGCUUCUGAUGUAGUAAUCAAUGCAAUUUGGAAGGAGCUAAUUAGCUUGGUAACAUCGGUUAUUGAAUCGGGUAACAAGAGAGAGAGACCAGGUUCUGAGGUUUUGACUGUCUUGCUGAAAUCUUUGGAAAGCAUAGUGAAGUCAGAAGUAUUUCCUGUAUCUAAAAUACUGGUCCUCAUGGAAAUUACAAUUAAAGGACUUCCACAGAAAGUAUUAGGUUCACCAGCAUAUCAGGUUGCUAAUAUGGAUAUUCUUAAUGGAACUCCAGCUUUGUUCUUAAUUCAGUUAAUUUUCAGCAAGCUUUUGGAAUACGGCAUAGAAGGUGAAAGGUUUUUUCUCAAUCUCGAAACACUUGUAGGCUGUGUUCUUUCUGGUCCAACUUCACCACUAGCUUUUAGCGACUCUGUUUUAAGUGUUAUUAGUCAAAACGCGAAGCAUUUGGAAAAUAAGGAGCAUCUGUGGAGAAUGUGGAGUAUUAUAGUCAGCCCCUUAACAGAACUGAUCAAUCAGACAAAUGAAGUGAAUCAAGGUGAUGCCUUAGAACAUAAUUUUAGUGCCAUCUAUGGUGCACUGACUUUACCAAUAAGCCACAUAUUUUCGGUACAGGAAUUUCCAGUGGCCACUAUGAAAACCUUACUUAAAACUUGGUCAGAGUUGUAUAGAGCAUUUGCCCGUUGUGCUGCUUUGGUGGCAACAGCAGAAGAAAAUUUGUGCUGUGAAGAACUUUCUUCUAAGAUAAUGUCCAGUUUGGAAGAUGAAAACCUUUCAAAUUUGUUCUUCUUGGAUAGGAUUAUUCAUGUUAUGAAUGUAAUAGUUGAUUGCAUAGACUUCUCACCGUAUAAUAUUAAAUGUCAACUCAAAAUUAAAUCACCACAGAGACUUUCAUCAGAUUGGUCAAAAAAGAAGAAGGAGCCUUUAGGAAAAUUGGCUGCUUUAUUUAAACUUAUUGUGAGAAUAAUCUACUCUUUCCACUCGCUGAGCCUCAAGGAAGCACAUUCUGAUACUCUGCUCACUAUUGGCAAUUCAAUCACCAACAUUCUUUCUAAUGUACUUGGGCAUAUUUCUUUACCUUCUAUGAUCCGAAAAAUAUUUGCAACUUUAACAAAACCUCUGACGUUACUCUAUGAAAAUUCAAAGCUUGAUGAAGUUCCUAAAGUUUAUACCUCUAUGAAUAAUAAGUUAGAGAAACUACUAGGAGAAAUUAUUACUUGUCUACAUGUCAGCUAUACUGGAACUUAUGAUAAUGAACUUCUUGAACAGAUCUCCCCAUUAUUAUGUAUAAUAUUUUUGCACAAGAACAAACAGAUUCGAAAACAGAGUGCUCAGUUUUGGAAUGCCACAUUUGCUAAAGAGACAUUGAUUUAUCCUGAAGAGUUAAAACCAAUAUUAAGACAAGUCAAACAGAAAAUUCUACUUCUGUUGCCUGGUUUGGAAAAUGUUGAAGUUAUUGAAGAAUCAAGUGAGCCAUAUUCAGAUGCAACAGAAAAUUCACAGUUAAAUAUGAAGAUAAGCGGCAUUGAGAGAAAAUCAAGUGGAAAAAGAGAUUCCUUUUUGGCAAAAACAAAGGAAAUGAAAGAAAAUACGAAGCCGUCAGCCAAAUUGAAACUAGAAUCUGCAUCUCCAAAAACAAAGAGUGAAAUGCCCCUGGAAGAAGAAAAGUCUACUGACUUUGUGUUUAUACCUCCUGAAGGAAAGGAACCAAAGGAAAGAAUAUUAACUGAGCACCAGAAAGAAGUACUCAAAACAAAGCGGUGUGAUAUUCCUGUCAUGUACAACAAUUUGGAUGUUUCACAAGACACUUUAUUUUCUCAAUAUACUCAGGAAGAGUCGAUGGAAAAUCCUAUAACUGAAAAGUCAAAGAAAAGUUCCAAGACUUUAGAGGAGGAUCAUACAGAAACUGACAUUCCUCACAUGGAACGCUGUGGUAUGGAUGAACAUCUUGAAAAGACUUCCCUUUCAAAUAAUGGUUCUGUUGAGGAAAGCAACCCAGAAAUACUGAGCAGUUGUAAUGAUGCCAGAAAAAAAUCUUUAAAAUCAUCAAAGAAAAUAACUGAUUGUACAUCUAGUGCAGAAAACUCUGUCAGUGUCAACAGUAGCUCACUUUCUAGUUCCACCAUUUCUGGAAUGUCCCCACAGCCUACAAGUCGAAGGCAAACCUUUAUUACUUUGGAAAAGUUUGAUGGCUCAGAAAAUAGACCUUUUAGUCCAUCUCCCUUGAAUAAUAUAUCAUCAACUAUUACAGUGAAAAGUAAUCAGGAAGGUAUGACUAAAACAAAUCCAUCAAAAGUAAAGAGAAGAGAAGUGACUAUUUUAAAAGCUGAUUCUGAAAAAAUAGUUCAAGGAAUUAAGCGAUUAGGUAGAAGAUCAAGUAAAACUGAGCAAACUGUGAAUAAAAAAUCCAAGUCCUCAGUGACAUCUGAUGAAGAGAAAAAUACCCAGGAGUCUGUUGAUGACACAGGAGUCUCAGAAAAUAAUUCACCUGAUGUGCUUAACCAAUCAGAAUGUGCACUAGGCACUGAGGCUCAUCUCACUGAAUCUGCAAUGGAAUGCAAAGACUCGACACUUAAAGCACCAACAGAAAAUUCUGUAUUAGAAAACAAUACUGCAGAAGAGAAUACCUUAGGAGUGAAUUUGGAGUGUAAAGAAAAUACACCCCCAGCUGUAACGCCUGCAGAGCAGGUAGUAAAUGAGGAUAGUCAAAGUCAGGUCACCCCAAAUCAAAAAACUCUUAGGCGAUCUUUAAGACGACGGUCAGAAACAGUAGAAACAACUACUGAUAGUCAAGAUAAAGAAAAUAAUCAUCAAAAGAAGGAACGAAAUAAGGAAGAAGAAAAAACUCUUCAGAAAAGUCCAUUACAUGUUAAAGAUGAUGCACCUAAGCAAAAGCUGAAUCCUGAGCAAACUGUACAGGAAAGUUCAGAUGAGAAACGAGAUCAUUUAAAUGAGGAAACUGCUGGCGAAACCAGUGCUAAUGCUGAAAGUGAUGAAAAUGGGAAAAAGCCAUAUCUUGAAAUUCUCAAGUCUGAGGGUGAUAGUUCCCAGGACAUCACAGAUAAGAGCUCUGAAAAACCAGUAAGGGGACGAACACGGUAUCAAACAAGAAGAGCAUCCCAGGGCUUGCUGUCUAGCAUUGAAAACUCAGAGUCAGAUAGUUCUGAGGCAAAAGAAGAAGGUUCUAGAAAGAAAAGAUCUGGAAAGUGGAAAAACCGAAGUGGUGACAGUAUUGACAUGGAAGAUCAAGAGAAAGUGAUAAAACAGGAAUGCACAAAUGUUGAGAAUCAGGUAGAUUAUAAAGUAAAUUGUGAAGUAGGCGGAGACAUAAAAUCUCAGAUAUGUGAAGAUAAAGAGAUUAAUUCUAAUGCUGUGCAAGAUUCUACCAUUAUUAAAGGUUUACUGCAAGUUCCUGAUGAUUUAUCAAAUACGCAAGAGGGGAAAGUUAAAAUUAGCAAAUGUGCAGAACAUUUUAUGUCAAGCCCUAUACAAGAACCAAACCUCAGGACAAGAAAUGCCAGUAAGAGAUUACAUAAGCGAGAAUCUAUGGACAACAACAGUGUUGGAGACUCUCCCAAAGUAGGAACAUCAGACAUUUCUCUGCCUGAUAAACCACUCCAAACACUUGAAUGUCAGCACAAGAGAAGUAGAAGAGUAAGGAGAUCAAAAGGUUGUGAUUGUUGUGGAGAAAAAUUACAAUCUCAGGAAAAGUCAGUUAUUGUAUUAAAGAAUGCAGAAAAUUAUGAUGUAAAGAGUAGUGAAACAAAGACAGAUAUACAAAUACCUGUAUCAGAAACUUCUAAAGCUAAUCUUAACUCUGAAACGAAUCUUUCACAUGAGGCUCAUAACAUAAAUUUUGAUUUAGGGCUCAGAGAGAACAAUACUGUCAAUGAUUCAUUAAUUAUAUCAGAAAGUGAGUUGAAAGAAAAUACUGUUAAAACUUCUGUUUCUCUGGAAGAAAUGACAUUUAAAGAAAUACUAUAUGAUACAGAUUCUAAGGAAGCAACAUUUCUUGACAGCCAGGAGCCACCCAAUAAAAAAUGUAAAACUAUUGACCCGUGUCAUCCUGAAGACAUUUCACUGGAAUCAUCUGCUUUAGAAACCAAAGAAGAAAAGGCAGAACCUAUCUUAAAGGAGGAACUAAGUACAAUGGACAGUAUUGAUAGGGAACCUAUCUUAAAGAAGGAACUAAGUACAGAGGACAGUGUUGUUAGGGAAACCAAUUUAUGUAAAGAAAAAUCAGAAGCCAGUUCAGUAGUAGAAGCUAUGGAAUUGGAUAUAGAAAGUGAUAAAUCUGAAUCUAGCUUCUCUGAACAAAACAAUGCCCAAAGUGCUAUUUCUGAAGUGAUACCUGAGGAAAAUAGUGAAAACAAUGAAUCUGAAGUGGUUUCAGCUCAAGAACAGAAUGCCGAAGCAGCAGCAGCUGAGGACUUUCAUUCAGGUAUUGACCAUUCUCCUAAUAUGAAACCGGAUAAAGUGAGUGGUCAGACAGAGAUUUCUGAAGAAACAAUACUUGGAGCCGUAGAUGAAGAAAGCAGAUGUGAUCCAGGCUCAUCUGAAGGAACCCAUGCUGAAGCAGAAAAUUGUGAAGAAACAGUAAUUGGUGAGGUGAGUCCUGAAAUCAAGCAGGUUAGUGAAGAGAAUAUGAAAGCCUCUGAGCCUGUGGAAACUGAAAUAAAAGGAUUGAAUAUAGAAAUGGACAGCCCAGUGCCUGAAAUUGCAGAGGUUUGCUCUGAGGAAGGAAAAGUUGACAUCAGUAAAACUGAAACAAGUGUUAAACUUCAGUCUGAAGAUGCAAUAGAGGACAAUCAAAUGGCAAUGGAAAAUAAUGGCGAAAUUUUACAGCAACUUCAUACUAUGGAGAAAGUGCAAGAGCCAUCACCAUCUUUAACAUCUGAGACAACUGUCUCUGAUCUGGUAACAGAAGAUAAUGCCUCUCCUCAAAAAUUAAGGGACCUUGAUCCUUUACUUGUGUCAGCCUGUGAGAGUCCGAGUGGCAUGCAGACACGCUGUGUCUGGUCACCUUUGGCUUCUCCAUCCACCAGCAUUUUAAAGAGAGGACUAAAGAGACCUCAAGAAGAUGAGAGCUCACCUGUUAACAAGGUUCGCCGAGUCUCCUUUGCAGAUCCAAUAUACCAAGCAGGAUUGGCAGAUGAUAUUGAUAGACGAUGUUCUGUCACUAAGCCCCAUGCUUUAACUACUACUUCUAUAGCAAAAAAUGUUAAAACUUCACCUACUUCACAGUAUAAGCAUAAUAUCACUUCAAUCAAAGGAUUUCUGUCCCCAGGAUCACGUAGCCCUACAUUUAAGAGCUCAAAGAAGUGUUUAAUUGCAGAAAUGACCAAAGAAUCCAUUCCGUGCCCAACAGAAAGUAUUUACCCAGCUUUAGUCAACUGUGUGGCACCAGUUGAAAUAAUUUUACCUCAAAUUACAUCAAACAUGUGGGCAAGAGGACUAGGACAACUCAUUCGUGCCAAGAAUAUAAAAACAAUUGGUGAUUUGAGUACUCUUACAGCAUCUGAAAUUAAAACUCUUCCCAUCCGUUCUCCAAAAGUGUCCAAUGUAAAAAAGGCUCUCAGAAUAUAUCAUGAACAGCAGAUGAAGUCUCGUGGAUUAGAAGAGAUUCCAGUUUUUGACAUUUCUGAAAAAACAGUAAACGGAAUAGAAAAUAAAUCACUCUCUCCUGAUGAGGAAAGACUUGCCUCAGAUUUAAUUGAUCCUGUUGCUUUAGAAACUCCGUUACCUAGAAAUCUCGUUGCACAGAUUAGUGCACUUGCUCUUCAACUGGAUUCAGAAGAUCUCCAUAAUUAUUCAGGAAACCAGCUAUUUGAAAUGCAUGAGAAACUUGGUAGCAUGGCAAACUCGAUCAUAAAAAAUCUUCAGGCACGUUGGAAGUCAUCAGCUCAUGAAAAUUCCAUUUAGGAUAUUAAAGGAAAAAUUGAAAUUUUUUCCUUUUUUCUUCUUAAAUCACUGGAUUUGUUGAUUUUAAAAUAAGUUAUGAAAUAUAGCACAAUUUCAGAGACUGAAUCUUGCAAAGUCGGUAACAUCUUAAGCCCUAUAGGACAAAUGACAUUAUCUAAGUACAAUUUUGUAAGUUCAUUAUAUGAGGUCCUUUAUUCCUGUAUACUCUUGGCUGCUAUGCAUAGUUUCUGAAAAUUUAAAUGUUACUGAAAGGUAAAAAUGAAAACCCAGAAACCAAAACAUGUAUUUUAUUUCACCUCUUAAACUCAUGCAUCUCUGAUGGAAGUUUAUAAGUAAAAUAACUUAUUUCAAGUAAGUAAAAUUUAAACGUUUAAAUUUUUUGCUGGAGAGAGAUAAAGGUAUUUAUAUUUGAUCUAUAUUUGUUGUGCGUGACUUUUAAGAAAUUUGUUCUAGGUAAAACUUCAAAUGAGACAAAAGAGUUGGAAUGUGUUUUGCAAAUACCAACUGUGGACACUAAUAGUUUCAACUUUAGGGCUUAAAAAUAUGAAAGCAGAAUUUCUAGGAUUUCAUUCAUAUUUGCAUUUGCAAAUAUUUACAGCAGCAUUUGCCUGUGAAUAUAUUCUCACAUGAGACAUAGUAUUUGUUUUUAAAUGCAUGCCUAUUUGUACAUUGUGUAUAGAUUUAUUUUAAUUUAUAAAUUUCAGCCUUCAUUAAUAGCUCAAACUAUUUGCAGCUUGUGAAUACCUUUGUUUUGUUUAAUAGGACUUAUUUUGUAUAUAUUAAAUACUGAUAUCAGUAUGAAAAUUAGAAGUAUUUUGUGGGCUUGCUGCAGAUAUUUGUAGGAUUCUAUAUGUACAAAUAAAACAAUAGUUUUGUACUUAGUUAAUGAUCCUAGUUAAAACAUGAAUUUAUUUUCUGAAGUAACCAGAAUGAGUAAAGUUAUAAAAAUAAGUGUUACAUGACAACUAUGAAACCAUGCCUUUUUCCCCCUUUUGGUUUGGAAGAAGAAGGUAUCAGCUAUUAGAAAGUGUGCCUCCUUAUUUUAAUUUAGUGGGAAGCUAGUUUGAGUAUUUUUAUUAUAAUGUGUACUGUAAGAAAUCUAGGUUUUAUCUUUUUUGUUACCCACACCUAAAGCAAACUUGGAAGAAAUUUGAAAGCAGUUUUAAAAGCAUGUAUGUUUUGCUUGUUUUUUUUUUGAAAACGUGUAUAUUUAAUUAAAACAUUUGUAAAUUUUGCCAAUUAGUAUUAGUGCCCAACUUCCCAUAUGUUUUUGGCCUAGUUAACACACAUUAUUUGUUCUUCGACUGGAAUGAGUAAGUGUUCUUCACAGUUCAACACUUAAUUCAGAACUAACCCCUACUUGAAAAGGCACACACUCCUCUACAUGUCAUGGAAAUUUUAAUCCUUGUGUCUAGUUAACCCCUACAUUCAGAAAAGGACUAUCACGGCAGCUACAAGAAAACUUGAUGCCUUUUUCAUAAUCAUAAAUUUAUUUCAUAUAUUUUAUGGUCUAAAUAGGGCAUUCCUAUACCAAGAAUAAUUUUAAAAGAACUUCUGGGACCUUUGAGCUAAGUCUUUUAAAGCUUAUGAAAUAAUAAAAAAUGGGAAUUUUUAAAGCAGAAUUGUGAUUUACAUUAUCAUGUUUUCCCCAAAUUACUUUUGGCAGUAAAGGGGCACAUACAUUUUAGUAAACAGUGUGUAUGAAUGGAAAAGUAAAAAUGUGCUUAUAUUAUGACUGCACAUUUGUGUGGAACUAAAGUUACUUGCUGUUGAAAUGAUGUUUUUGGGAAGAUGAAUAUUAUAGCAGAAAAAUAUAACAUGAUUACCUUUUACUUAAACCAUUGAAUUUGAUGAUAGUUUCUUGUAUUUUAAAACAUUCUGCAAAAAUGUAUUUUAAAUAUUUUGGGGGACAAUAAUUUUGCUAAAUCUUCAUUGCUGCUUACAGUCGUAAGUAUAUAUUUGAGGUACUUUGUUUUCAAUAUUGCCUUGAAAAUUUUUACAGUUUUCCUCAGUACUAAGUGGCACAGGUAUUAAUUAUUAGCUCCCUGUUUUUUUUCACUAUUAAAGUGAAAUAACUUUUUUUCAAAUAUUUACUCAUGGUUAAUAAAACUAAUGGCAACAAUUAGUGUCAUUUCUUAGUGUAUGCACUGAUAUAAAGACUUAAUUGAACACAAGUGAAGUGUAAGUUUUUAUGUUCCAGUAUGGAAUUCAUGGUGCAUUUAAAAUUCAAAAUUUCUGAGUCCAUUAAAAUGAUCUGCUAUUAGAGCAAGUUUGAGAGUGGUGUGGAGUUUUUUGCUCUCCAGCCCAUGUAGAAUAUUAGUCCCAUUAAAUAAUAAUGCUGUCAGAUAAUGUGAUUUUUUAAAAUAUUUAAAUCUUCAAUAUUAAAAGCAUUUUAAUUCCUGGUAUAUUCAGUUCCUGAAUUCUUUGUUUCUGUGUAGCUUGAAAUUGGUUAGAUGCUCUAUCACAUACUCAGAAGAAUCAUUAAAAUGCCCAAAAACUUGGAUUAUAUUAUGUCUAAAAUGGAAGUGUCAGGGCAAGAAGAAAAUGGUGGUCUGGCUUGGUUGAAAUUUAACAGAAAAUAUAAGCUCAAAGUAUCUUUUAACAACUGGCCUUUAUGCCAUUCUACCCAUAUCAGCUUUAUAAUAGUGCGAGUGGAGUUCCAUAUCAUUCUUCAUAGUUUAUUUCCUGAGAAAUUGUCAGCUGUCUAAGAAGCUAUUAAUAGUGUGGGGUCAAGAUUUGAUGUGGGGGUAGGCAGAUGCUGUUGCUCAUUAUUAAAACCUCUAUAUCCAAGUUUUCCAUAAGCGUUUUUUAAGCAAAGGUCAUGGUGAAAUAAAAGUUUGUAAAGGUAAUAUAUUACCUUACUGUACACCUUUUAAAAAUAGGAAAUUUUUAACUGUUUUCUUAUAAGGAACUAUAUUAAGAGGAGUAGGCAAUAUUUUCUGAGUUAUAAUUUUAUGUUCUGCUACUUGUCUUAUUAGCAAGGUUUUUUUAUAGUAAAUUUUUGGAUGCUAACCAUUGUUAAGUUUUUAACAAAAUUGUAUAUUCCAUGUUACGGGACUUCAUUUUUAUAGUAGACACUGGAAGCAGACAGCCCUGAGGUCACUUUGAUGGGAAAGCCCACAGUGCUGUAUGAUAUCCACGCUGUGUCAUUCCACUGAAGGCCUCAUGUCACAAGCCUUGUCAUUCCACUGAAGACCUCAUGUGAUUGCUGUUAGGCCUCUAAGUCCUUAUUUCAUUGUGAAAUGAAUCUUAAAAGAUGUUGAGUAACUUCUCUUAAGAGUUAUUCUUGAUGUUGUUAGGACUUUUUAUGUUUCUUGUAUUUAAAUACUAUGUACAAUUGUCCUCCAACACACUUGAAAACAUAGCCAUAAGAAGGGAAUGUUUUGCGUAUCAUUUUUUAAAAGUAGCUAAUAAAAUUAGUUAUUUGGUUAAAAUCUAUAGAUAGAUAUUUGCUUAGUUAUGGUAGCCUAAAAGGAUUGGAAAGUUUACCCAGUUCUUGAAAUAAAAUAUUACAUUUUACCACAUAAUUUUUAAUAACUUUCCUGUAAUCUACCCAAGCCUUUAACCAAAGAAAAUGAUAUAAAGUGUCAUGUGGUAAAUACUUAACCCCUGAAAUACCCUAUUUGACUGAGUCCCUUUAUCCAAAAGUAUAAAAUUGAAGGCAGUAAUGGAUGUCACAUGGAAGAAAGAAAAAUGCCUAUCUUUUGUCCUCUACUUGUCUCAAAAGGAAACGUUUUCUGGCCACGUACCUGUUUAUAAUUGUCAGACUUAGCUACACGUAUUUGAUAGCAAAAUUGCAUUCUGGAUGGAAAUUUUCUGGUAAGUGACAAGACAGCUAAAAUAAGUAGGACAGGCCCUUUAAUAUAAUAUCAAGACAAAUGGACCUCUGUGCUUGGUAAAUAGCUGGCAGCCAUUGUUUCCUGGUAGUUGUUCUACAUAACAGUACUGUAAUUGUACAUAAAUAUCUUGAGUGAUUACUAAAACUUUAGUAUUCCCUCUCUAACAGUAAAAUAAUUUGUAGCAAAAGAAAUAUCUUAAGUGGAGAAAUUGAAGCCAUGGAGCUGAGUGUUAUAUAGUGUCAGCAAUUUGGGUGUUUAAAAGUACCUGAAAACUUAUUUUUAUAGAAUGGGGAUUUUCUUGGAAAAUUAAAAUUAGCAAGUACAUACAUUUUGAGUAUAGAAAAUGGUUUCUAUAUAGAUCUUAACUUACUGAGUUUUACAGAGCAAGGGUUGACAAGGUCCAAAAUCCUGCCACCUGUUUUUUAUAUAUCCUGUGGGAGCGAAGAAGGGUUUUAUUUUCUAAAUGGUUAAAAAAAUAUUUUUUGAUAUGAAAAUGUGUCUAAGUUUUUAUUGGGAGGCAAUUUUUAUUUACAUGUUACCUGACUGCUUUCUUGCUACACCAGCAGAGUUGAGUGUUCUGAUAGACUGUGUCUGUAUUAUCUAACAUUCCAUAAUGUAUGCGUUAUACGGACAACAUGAUAUCUAGCAUCUAGUCCUUUACAGAAGGUUUGUCAAUCUUUAAAAUGGCAGAAUAGGGAUAUUGACCCUUAAUUUCUAGUGGUUUAAAUUUUGCUAUAUAAAACCUGAUUUUCCCAGUUUCACAAACAGAUUAUAUAUACACUACCAGUAUUUAUUCUAGAUACACUUUUUCUCCUGCUCAAUUAAGCUCUCAGAAUUGUUAAAUUACCUUGAAUAGUGAAGGACCUUGAUAUGUGAGGGAAAGGCAUCUGGCACUAAUUGGUUAAAUUACAUCUUGAAAAAAAAAAACUGGGGAGUUUGCUUUCCGUGUUGGUAAAGGAUUGUUUUCUAUUUUAACACUACCUCUUGUGAAUAGACUUGACUAAUGUGCACUUAGUAAAAGAUUGAGAAAAAGCCAAAACAGUCCUGUGUCAGCUCUAUAAUAUUUUUGUUCCCAUCAUUUGAUGAGCUCUAAGAAAGCUUAGUUUUACAUUAGAAACUUUAUAUUUGAUAAGUCAAAUGACCUAAGUUGAGAUCUCACAGAAUUACCUUGAUCAUUCCUUAAUUUUGGCAUUAGUAGAUGGGAAAUAGUGUUUUCAUUUGAUCUGUUGAUACUUUAUACGAUGUUUAAAGCAGGUAACCCUUAUAAUACUAAGAGUGCUUUUAGAUCCAUGAUGACAGUUGAAGGAAAUGUUUAUGUCUGAUCAACAGUAAUCCGUUUUCUUCAUCGAUUGAAGUUCACUGUUACCACUUGCCAAUUGAAACUAAUAUUGAGACUUUUUUUUU